UAUUUCUGAUUCAGAUACAGAUGAGUGUAGCUCCCUUGAAUCGUGCGUCUUUUUGUUGCAUUCCAAAGUGAUUCCGGUGCUAAGAUACUUAAUUUCCGUCCGAGCGAAGCACUCCACUGUUCAUAGCGACAAUGCCAACCGUACUCGAUCCUAACGAUUCCGAUACGGCGGAAGUGAAGGUGAAAACUGCUUACAAUGGAAAAAUUAUGAUAACCUACGUGAGUCCGGCUGUGGCGCUUGACGAUUUCAGCUCGGAGAUGAGAGAUAUUUGUGAAUUCGAUUCUGAACAAGAAUUUACGAUGAAAUGGAUCGACGAAGAAGGCGACCCAUGCAUUAUUUCUUCGCAAAUGGAAUUGGACGAAGCGCUGCGUCUGUACGAAGUUAACAAAGACUCUGAGCUUCUCAUUCACGAAACGACACCUGUCAUGAAAAUUGAGAAGCGAAAGGUGAAAUGA